GAAAAGUCAAAUGUUGAAGGUUGAAGUUUGAAGUUUGAGGCCAAAGCCGAAGCCCUUGAGCUGCCACUCAGAUUCCAAAUCCCAGUCUUUUAAUGUAAUGUAAAGGUUAAUUUUUGCACAAAACACACAGAAACUAAACUUGCAAGAUGGAGGCACGUGCACUCAGCGAGGGACAGGUCCAGGCGCAUGCCCUGGAGUCGGGCAUCGGGAUGUCGAAGGAGUUCAUUCAGUUUGGCCAGGGGAGUCCUGCGGGAUUGCAGGAGUUCGGGCCAUUAACCGAAAAGAGUCCGAGGGCGAUGCACAACCAGGAGCAGGACAAGCAAAUUGUGGUGGAGGUAGUGGAGGCAGAGGAAGAGCAAUCCUCGGAAGAAGGAAAGAUGGAAGGCCAGGGCUGCGCGGAAAAUGCCCUAACAAAUGCCGAGCCUGGGCUCGAGCUCCCCGUGGAAAACUCCAGUGAAAACUACAGUGAAACCGAAUGUGAAUGCAGUUCACUGAUCGAGAUCGAAGUAUCAUCUGAAGAAUCUAAAGACGAGACCUUGACAGCGGAGGAGCGGGCCAAAAUGAAGGAUAAAGAGGCCAAAGAACAGGCCAAAAAGGAGUCCGCCAUGGCCAAGGAAGAGAGGAAACUGAAGGAGAAACAGCUCAAAGAAGCCAAGCAGAGGGAGAUGCUGAACGUGCUACUCGAAGAGGCCAGAUCCUUUGGCAAGAGCCCCAAGCCGGAGGUCCCCGAGACCGAAGCCAGCCCCGAAGCCAAGCCCCAGUCGCCCCCGGUGGACGUUGCGGGGGCCAAAAAGAUGGCCAAAAAGAUGGCCAAAAAGAAGGCCAAAAAGGCCAAAAAGGCCAAAAAGGCGGCCAAGUGGCGUGUGGAUAGUUCCAAGAUGGAGGAGGAUAUUCAGCAGUUUCUGGAGGGAAUCAAGGCCUUGGAGAAGAAGCAGCGGGAGGCGGACCGCCAGGAGGCCGAGGAGGCGGCCGCCAUUGUCAUGGAGAACGAGCACAUGAGGGGCUGGAAGGCCGUUCUGAAGGAACUGGGCCAGACGACCACUUUCUCGGCGGCCACCGCCAGCCUCAGCGCCGCUCAACUCUCCUCCGCCCCGAGACUGGUGGUCCGCGCCAUCCUGCAUCGCGCGGCCAAGAUGGAGUACAAGAACCAGCUGCAGGUCCUCGAGGAGACCUACCACUACCGCUCCAGCCUGCUGAAGAGGCUCAAGCUCGACAUGAGGUCCAACUAUAAGCGGGAGCUCCAGGAGCUCGUCGCGGCCUACAAAAAGAGCAAGCCCCAAAGGAUCUGAUCAUCAGCGACCGGAAAAAGAUCUUGACUGAAGAACGACCUACUUCCAUUUGCAUCACAUAAAGCCCCUCCCCUCCCCACCCCCCCUAGACCCAGCUGUGCAUUUCAUUAGGAGUGCCAUCCGACCCCAACCGACCCGCUUCUGGACAGAAAUCCCGUUGGCUUUGUCCGCGCUCUUUUUGUGCCACUUCUGUUUUUGCACUUUGAAAAUAAAAAGAAUACCCAACCCCCCCAA